AGCUUAAGGAAGUUGAAUGUGAGGAGAGAGAGAGAGAUGAAGAAGGCGGUUAAUGGUGGAGGCUGUAAACAAUAUGAUCUGAUGAUGAAGAGAGAGAAAGAGAGAGAGGGAAAGAGGUGGGGUGAACGCCAGAGCUCAAAUACGGGAAGUCGAGGCAGCUGUGACGCACUGAAGCACCAAAGCAGUCAAGAUAAAGUGCCAGAAAAAACUCUAGGAUGCAGAGAAAUAUGAUGAUCACACAUCUUCUCACAUUUCUUCAAAUCAUGUUCAUCUCAAGUCCUCCAGGAGUCCACAAACUGCAGAUUUAGAGUCUAAUAACCUUCCUGCCAAUCAGCAACAUGAACUGCUCCCUCGCUGCUCUUUUCACAAAUGGCGCCGCAGUUUCCAGUGAUGUGGGCUGCCCCGAGGCUGCUGUGGUGUGUGGGAUGAAUAUCUCCUGGGUGUUGGCUAACGCUACCGCACAAGAGCUGAACGUCUUGUGCUUGAGCGAGGCGGAGUACCUGGCCGGGCACCUGGGGCCUCCGAGGUCCCCCAUCUUCCUCCCCAUCUGCGUCACCUACCUCGCCAUCUUCGUGGUGGGCGUACUGGGCAAUUCUCUCACCUGCACGGUCAUUUUGCGCCACAGGGUGAUGCAGACGCCCACCAACUACUACCUGCUGAGCCUGGCGGCGUCUGACCUGCUGGUGCUGCUGCUGGGCAUGCCGUUGGAGCUCUACGACAUGUGGCAGAACUACCCCUUCCUGCUUGGGAAGGGGGGUUGCUACUUCAAAAUCUUCCUGUUUGAGACCGUCUGCUUCGCCUCCAUCCUCAACGUGACGGCGCUCAGCAUAGAGCGCUACGUGGCGGUGGUGCACCCCCUCAAAGUCAAACACAUGGCCACGCGCGCUCACGUCAAGAGGGUCAUCUUCAUACUGUGGGUGAUGUCCAUGUUGUGUGCCGUGCCAAACACCAGCGUGCAUGGGAUUGUGGUGCUGCCUCCAUGGUUUGGACGACAGUUUCCCCGUUCAACUAUCUGUCACGUGAAUCAGCCCACCUGGAUGUACAACCUGAUCAUCCUGAUUUCCACGCUGGCCUUCUUCAUGCUCCCCAUGCUGAUAAUUAGCGUUCUUUACCUGCUCAUCGGCUUACGGCUGCACAGCGAGAAGAUGAUGACUGUGGUGGACGCCAGAUUUGGACCAGAAAGACUCUCCAGGUCCCACGAACAGAAACUGAGAAAACGCAACCUGCAAGUCACCAAAAUGCUGUGUGUGCUGGUGGUCGUGUUCGGCCUUUGCUGGGCUCCCUUCCAUGUGGACCGCUUGAUGUGGAGCUACAUCGAUCCCUUGUCCGGGCAGCACCUCCAGGUCUUUGAGCACGUCCACGUCGUCUCCGGAGUCUUCUUCUACCUGAGCUCUGCCAUCAACCCCAUCCUCUACAACCUCAUGUCCACGAAGUUCAGAGAAAUGUUCAGUCACGUCACUUGUUAUUCUCACCGCUGGUCGGUGAGCUCCAGCUUGCAGAUGACCCAACGCAGCACCUUGAGCGAGAAGACGCCCGGUAGUAUGAGGAGUACUUAGUCUGGGCCAAAAGGAAGUCCAAGAACAUUAGACACCGAUUGGGUGACGAUUGGAAUUUUGGAAGAAUGUAGUUCAUCCCUCCAGUAUAGAGCUAAGAGACUUGAAGAAUCAAUGUCAAGGAGCAUUGAAGCUGUUCUAGAAGCUACCAACACCUUAUUAGACAAUUUAUGUUGUUUUUUCCUUUAAUCUGUCACCCAUCCGUACAUAUAAGUACCUCCAAAGGUCCCCAAAUGGAAGGAUAUUACCCUCAUAGUGGUAGGGGAUGUCACACAAAGAUGAACAGACGUCACCCCGCAAGGAUAGAACCAUGUGACUAAAGGCUUAAGCCCGAAGAGACACACUGAAGAAAAAACAAUUAUUAUUUCUUCACACUCUCCUUCUGUAUCUGGAAGUCCUCCAGACUGCAGAAAUAUCUACAGUAGCUCAAAUCCCAUUAAGAGAGAGAGAACCAAUGAGACCCCUGACAUGGAGCAACAUCGACCUUUCAAACGUCAAUGUUCGGAUGAACAAUGAAAUUAUCAUAUAAAUGAUGCAACCGCAUUUGUAUUCAUUGUAUUCAUAUCCAUUGACUGUUUCAAAAUUUCUAUUAAGAGUAUUUGUGUUAUGGUGGUACAGCAGUUAGCACAGCAAGAAGGUUCUGUUUGCAUGUUCUCCCUGGGCCUGAAUGUGUACGGCUAAUGGGCGAACGUAUUUAUUGUGCGUACUGUUUUUGUGAAGCAUAACAUUUCCAGGCUGGCCUAUUUACUGCUGCCUAUUAACACGCUUUCACAGCAAAGAAUGAAUACACACAAUGGCUGCUGUUUAAAAGCAAGAACAUAUCUCCAGGAAUGAGUCAGAUGUGAAAAUGAAAGUCAAUUAAGUGAAGCAGGGGAACAAACAAAAGGUAGCGGUUUGUCUGUGGUGUUUUAUAACCAGUGGCGACUCUGAUUAGUCAUGUGCCUUACAAGUAUUUCCACACACAUUUCUUUGAUAACUGUAUCGUGUACUUACUUAUACAAUGUACAAUAUUAGUAAUUCUACAUUUUGUUUAACGCUAAAAGAAAACCUGUUAAGCUUUUGUGCUUUUCCCCUUUCCUUUAGUGUGUUACAGUAUAUAGUUCUUUGUGCAUGUAAAAGGUCUGCAAAGUUACAAAG